AUUCUGCUUCUUAGUUCCCAAUUGCUGGGAAUUCCAGUUGGGAAUUUUAUUUUUUGGGUGGUUUUGGUGCAGGGGAAGGUCAGAGCCAUUGCUGAGAGCUCCUCCUGUGCCUGUCCCUCGCCAGGCUACGACUGCCACGUGUCCAGCCAGACAUCCUGCAGCAGCCAGUACUACGUGUACGAGGUGAGCGGGGGCCGCGCUGCCGAGCGCCCCCGCCAGGUGUGUCCGUACAUCGUGCUGCACCGGCAGCGCACCGAGCCGCCCAUGGGCGCCCCAGCAGAGCAGAACCACCAAGCCCCCUUUGUGCCAUGGCAGGGCCAGCUCUCCAUCGGGGGUCACUUGCUGUGCAGCAUUUCCCUGCGGAGCCGCUUCAGCCGCAGCGUCCCUGCCCAGCUCCCUCCCAACCUGGACAUCAAACAUGUCAUGGGAUUGUCUGACUUGAGGAAAAAACUGCCAGAAGCUGCAUUUGGGAAAAAAAAUUACACUGGCAACGAAGUUUGCUUUCAGGGUGUUUAUUCCAGUCUCUAUGAGGUGGAAAUAUCCAAGAAGGAUCAAUCCAAAAUGGAUCAGCUGCUGGAAAAGCUGAAGGAAAAGGAUUUGGCCAUCAUCAAAUAUUUACAGGACCAGGGAUUUCUGAUCCUGCUCACGUCCUCAGCCCUGGCACGGGAGGAUGGGCCCAAGGAGCCGUGAGCCUGCUGGCCCUGUUCCUGUUCAGCUCCCCACGGGCCCUGUGCCCCCCAGAUGAAAAAGACCCCAUGAGCCCCAAGGAAAGCAGAACCAGGAGUGGCAUCUCCUUAAAAAUCACCUCGGUUCUGCCUGGACUCCGCUACGCCCUGAGGAAAGCAAGCAGCUCCUCCUGGAGCAGCAGCUGCAUCCAGGAGAAACUCCAGGAAUAUUCCAGACUUGAUGGGAAUUCCAUUCCCAUCCCAGCCCAGGAGGAGGGAGCUCCUCCUUCCCAAAAAUUCCUGCAGCUGCAGCGUUACCUCAGCGAUCCCAGCGCCUUCACCUUGGGGGUGUCGGUGGCUUUGGAGUGUCUGGGGAGGGCUGGGAG